UGUUUAGUUGUAAUAUCGGUGUGACCGCUGGGCGUCGCUGUAACCGCAGGCGCUGAAUGACACUGGCGCACAGCCAACAGACUCUCUGCAGGAAUAACAACAUGGCGGGCAAUUCAAAAGAGCAGCAGCUGUCUCUGCGAGUAUACAACACCCUUCAGAGUCUGGGCUGUCCUCUGGUGGAUGGGCUGUACCUGAGGGAGGCCGACAGCGUGCAGGAGCUCCUCUGCUCUCCUUCCUUACACAGGACUGAUAUACUCAAGUGGAUUUGCACCAGCAUUUGUCCAUCCCUAAGGGAGAAGCUUUCCAAAAUCAAAGCAGCUCAAAAUGGGGAUUUAAUCCAGGAACUCACACGGUUUGGAAAUGAAAUGAUGUUAUGUAAAGCUAAUGACCAGGAUUUAAUCAAGGGUCUAGCGCCACCAUUACAGCAGCUGGUGUUUCUAGAGCAGCUUCUAGUGGUUAUUCAAGCAGACUCCUCCAUACACUCUGGACAGAAGUCAUCCUCUGGAGAUGACAGUGUGAAGAACAAUGAUCUUCUUGGUGAGCUGAUGUUUCAGGAUAACUUAUCUGACCUGGAUAUGCUCCUGAACCCAACCUGCAACCCGUGGUCUGCACAUAUUCGUGAACAUCUGAUACGCACGCAGUCGGCUCACAACAAAAUGAACGGGAACCACAGUAAACCCAGUGAUUUCAUAAACAGGAGUGAACAUUCCCGACAUGGAAGUCAUGGAGAAGAAAGCCUGUCAGAGGCCAAAGCAUUGCUGCAGUCUACCCAGAGCACAUUAGAGGAGCUCCGCAAAGAGUGCGAGUUCCUGCAGGCAGAUUCGUCAGGUUCUGCAGCUGUGCUGUCCCCCUGUAUGCUGAAAGUAGCCAUCUCGGACAUGUCUCAGCUUAUGACGGCCUUCGGACACAUCUACAACACUGAUUUUAAAGUCUACUGCCAGAGAACCCCUCCGCCCCUCAGUUCCAGCACUAGUGUGUUUCAGUCUGUACAUCAGCUUCUGCACAUCUGUAAUACGGAGUUGGAAGCUCUUAAGCAGCUGUCUGACACCUCGUCAUCUCUUACACAAACAGUACAACAGCUGCAGACAGACAGGCGGUACUGGUCUAAAGGAGAAAAGCACACGCUGCCCAAACAGUUGGAGGAGCUGAAAAACAGAUAUGUGGCUUUUCUUUCCCUUCACCAAUCAUAACCUAAAGGACUCUCUCAGUGUCUAAACAGAAAACUAUAGCAUAUUGCUUCAGUUUAAGUUUUAAGUGGUAAAAAGGGCCAAAAAAGGUGAAUCAGUCCACUUAUUUACAUGGCCAGGACUGUGCCCUUUGCGUUUUACGACCACUAUGCGAUGCACUGUUGUACAGAUUUAUAUUUCCUGAAGGCAUUGAUUAAUAGACAUCACACUAAUGAUGAAAUUGUUCCAUCUAAUUAUAUAUUCCUCUUUCCUUAUAAACCCCCAUGUUGGGUAGUGUUAGUGCUGUAAUGCUAUUAGUACAUAUUUUGACUCCCAAAUAAUGCAGAUGCAGUAGGAAACAAAAGUGUAUCUUUUUUGUGUGUUUGAUCUGAAAUGUCAUGUUUUUUUUUUUUUAAAUAAAGGUUCACAUUACUA